AUGGCAACAGCCUCUUCUGCUCGUCUAGCGGGGAAAAGGGUCCUUGUAACAGGUGGAGGGCGAGGGAUAGGGAGAGCCAUUGCACUGAUUUGUAGCCGCGAAGGGGCCAAAGUGGCAAUAUCUUCGCGGACAAAAGAAGAACUGGAAGAAACCGUUAAGUUGGCCGCUACCGGUAGUCAACAAGUAUGCCAGACGGGAAAAGAGGAAGAAUCCACAGCACCCGUUAUGGACUCGUUUGUGGCAGAUGUGACAGACUCGAAAUCCGUGGAAAGCAUGGUCAAGAGCAUUGUCGAACGAUGGGGUGGCAUCGACAUUCUGAUCAACAAUGCGGGAAGAGGUCAGGCUCGCAAGGGACCAUUGGAGACGCUCGAUGCCGAUGAACUCCAUAAUCUUCUGCUCUUGAAUGUCGUGUCGGUCCAGAUUGUGACCUCGUGCGUGUUGCGACAAGCCAUGCUACCCGCCCAAGCGGGAAAAAUUAUCAAUAUCUCGUCCAGGGCUGGCAAAAUGGGAUUGCCACAAGUAUCUCAAUAUGUAACGUCCAAAUUUGCAUUGGAGGGAAUGACAGCAUCCCUAGCGGCAGAACUCAAAGACACGAACAUCCAAGUCAAUUCCUUGAGUCCAGGCAUGGUCAAUACACAAUCCUUCCCCAAACCAGAAGGAAGGAAAGGAGUUCGGACGGCAGAAUCGGUAGAAGAUGGAUUGUUGGCUCUCCUGUUGGAUGAUGAAAUCACGGGUCGCUAUCUACAUGUGGACGAGUUGGAUACAGCCCGAGAUAAAGGCCUCAACGAUCGGGCGGCCAUGAAACCAAUCAACGAGCCUACAUUUGACCCCUAA